UUUCUUCCGUCUUCCUUCACCUCUCCAAAACUCGAUUUACCGAUUUCGUCGCCUCUUCUCGUCUCUCCGCUCUCCUCGCCGUGAUUCUGUUUCGCCACCGUGUAUCUCCGUUUUCCGUGACCGUUGUUUGAUGAUUUACACUGCUAUCGACAAUUUCUACUUAACCGACGAGCAGCUGAAGGCUUCACCUUCCAGGAAAGAUGGGAUAGAUGAAACGACUGAAAUCUCUCUUAGAAUCUAUGGAUGUGAUCUUAUCCAAGAGGGUGGAAUAUUGCUCAAACUACCACAGGCGGUUAUGGCUACUGGGCAGGUUCUGUUUCACCGAUUCUAUUGUAAAAAGUCUCUAGCUAAAUUUGAUGUAAAGAUAGUUGCUGCGAGCUGUGUCUGGCUUGCAUCAAAACUGGAAGAAAACCCUAAAAAAGCUAGACAGGUCAUCAUCGUAUUCCACAGGAUGGAGUGUCGCAGGGAGAACUUACCAUUAGAACAUCUCGAUAUGUAUGCCAAGAAGUUCUCUGAGUUGAAAGUUGAAUUAAGCAGAACUGAGAGACAUAUACUGAAAGAAAUGGGUUUUGUUUGUCAUGUUGAACAUCCUCACAAGUUCAUAUCAAACUACCUUGCCACACUUGAAACACCUCCAGAAUUGAGGCAAGAAGCUUGGAAUUUGGCUAAUGAUAGUCUGCGUACAACCCUCUGUGUAAGGUUCAGAAGUGAGGUUGUGGCUUGUGGGGUCGUGUAUGCUGCUGCCCGUAGGUUUCAAGUACCUCUUCCAGAGAAUCCACCCUGGUGGAAAGCAUUUGAUGCAGAUAAAUCUAGUAUUGACGAAGUGUGUAGAGUUCUUGCUCACUUAUACAGUCUUCCAAAGGCUCAGUAUAUCUCUGUUUGCAAGGAUGGGAAGCCAUUUACCUUUUCCAGCAGAUCUGGGAAUUCUCAAGCUCAAUCAGCUACAAAGGAUGUGUUGCCGGGAGUAGGGGAGGCUGUUGAUACAAAGUGUGCUCCUGGAUCAGCUAAUAACGACUCGAAGGAUGGAAUGGUUAUUUCGCCUCAUGAAAAGGGUACAGAUUCAAAGAAGAGUGAUACUGAGUCAAACAGCCAGCCAAUAGUAGGAGACUCGAGGAACGGAAAAAGUAAAGUUGGAGAGAGAGAAAGAGAGAGUGGUAGAGAGAAGGAACGAGGUAGAGAGAGAGACAGGGCUAGGUCUCACAGAGGCAGAGAUUCUGACAAGGAGAUUGAUAGGGAGAGAGACAACCUCAAAGAUCGGAGUCAUCACCGGUCAAGAGAUAGAUUGAAGGAUUCAGAUAGAUCAAGACAUCACUCUUCUCGGGACCGUGACUAUCGAGAAUCCUCCCACUCAUCAAAAGACCGUCGUAGGCACCAUUAAGCCAAUCUUCUUGUCACUACAUCACCUUGAGUCUACUUGAUGUUAAAGACAGUAUAGUGUUGUAUUGUGUUAAAGAGUCAAAAACCCAUGUGUACUCAAUCACAUGCUAAGAUCACGUUGGUUCGACAUAUAAAAUCUAAAAAGUCUGAUCUUUCUAAUUUGGUAUUUUAUCAAAAAGCCAUAUACUUUGGAAUA